UAGUGUUUUUAGAAGAAGCAUCUCAACAAGAAAAGCUGGCCAAAGAAUGGUGCUUCAAGCCAUGUGAAAUAAGAGAACUGAGCCACCAUGAGUUCUUCAUGCCCGGGCUGAUUGACACACACAUCCAUGCCCCUCAGUAUUUCUUUGCUGGGAGUAAUGUAGACCUGCCGCUUCUGGAGUGGCUGAGCAAGUACACAUUUCCUAUAGAACACAGAUUCCAGAGCAUCGACUUUGCUGAAGAAGUAUACACCAGAGUUGUUAGGAGAACACUAAAGAAUGGAACAACCACAGCUUGUUACUUUGGAACAAUUCACACUGACUCAUCUUUGCUCCUUGCAGAAAUUACAGAUAAAUUUGGUCAGCGGGCAUUUGUGGGCAAAGUCUGCAUGGAUUUAAAUGACACUGUUCCCGAAUACAAGGAAACCACCGAGGAAUCAGUCAAGGAAACAGAGAGAUUUGUGUCAGAAAUGCUCCAAAGGAAUUAUUCUAGAGUGAAGCCCAUCGUGACCCCGCGUUUUUCGCUUUCCUGCUCUGAGACUUUGAUGGGUGAACUUGGAAACAUCGCCAAGAUCCACGAUUUGCAUAUUCAGAGCCAUAUAAGUGAAAAUCAUGAUGAAAUUGAAGCUGUGAAAAACUUAUACCCUGGUUAUAAAAACUAUACAGAUGUGUAUGAUAAAAACAAUCUUCUGACAAAUAAGACAGUGAUGGCACAUGGCUGCUACCUUUCUGCAGAAGAACUAGAUGUGUUCAGGGAACGAGGAGCAUCGAUCUCACAUUGUCCUAAUUCUAACUUAUCGCUGAGCAGCGGCUUUCUCAAUGUGCUGGAAGUCCUGGAACAUGAAGUGAAGAUAGGGUUGGGAACAGAUGUGGCUGGUGGUUAUUCAUCUUCCAUGCUUGAUGCAAUCAGAAGAGCAGUGAUGGUUUCCAAUAUCCUUUCAAUUAAUAAGAUAAAUAUGAAAAGUCUCACUCUCAAAGAGGUCUUCAGACUAGCUACUCUUGGAGGCAGCCAAGCCCUGGGGCUGGAUAAAGAGAUUGGAAACUUUGAAGUGGGCAAGGAAUUUGAUGCCCUCUUGAUCAACCCCAAAGCAUCUGACUCUCCCAUUGACCUGUUUUAUGGAGAUUUUGUUGGUGAUAUUUCUGAGGCUAUUAUUCAGAAGUUCCUCUAUCUAGGAGAUGACCGAAAUAUUGAGGAGGUUUAUGUGGGCGGCAAGCAGGUGGUUCCCUUUUCCAGCUCAGUCUAAGGCUCUCAGCAUCCAGCAGUACUGGGAUAACGUGGUUCUGCAUCUCGCUUAUGCCCAGGCAGAGUUAGAAAGUCAAAAAAUAGUACCUUUUUCUUGGGAUGACUAUCCCUUUCUGUGUCUAGUUACAGUAUUCACUUGACAAAUCGAAGGAAGUUGCACUAAUUCUUAGCUCUCUGGUUGGGACGAUUCGAAAUUUCUCCCUUCUGAGCUGUUCAGAUUUACUUUAAGCUCAAACGUAAGGAAAUGUUAUUACUAGUAGUGUUCUUAUGAGAUUUAAGUAAAAUCUACUUCAUGUUUGGAAAUGUGGAGAGAAAAGAUGUUCCUAUGAGGCUAGACAUUUUGAGCUGAUAAAUGUGAAAACUGGAAACAGAAAAUGAAUCAGUGAGUAUAUUUUUAUGAGGGAGAAAAAAGUUAGAUUAAGAACAAAAAUUGGAAAAAUCACUUCAGAUUGUAAUUGAAAAUUAAAUACUGAGCAUACUGAUUUAAAAAAGAGAACUUGCUGAGUUUUAAAACAUGUUUCUAGAUUGACUUUGUAUUCUGGAAAUUUGUGCUUAAUGCAAUUUGCAUCUCAGAGA